AUGUCCGUAACCACGAAACAACUAGAACAGCUCCAAGGCACUGUGGCAAAUAGAGUCCCAGACAUCUCAGGGGUCGCCCUCCUGCCGCCCCAGUCGACAACACUGUUCUUCAGCCGUGGUGGAACUACAGGGCAACUAGAUCUUCGCACUCCUGAAGAUACUCAGGUGCAACUGCUUGCAAAGCUAUGCGAACCCGCAACAUUUGGCCGAAACCAGGAAGAUUUGCUCGACGAAACUUACCGCAAAGCUGGGAAGAUGGACAUAGAGAAUUUUGCCAUGAACAUUGAUCUCGAUUGUCAGAACCCAACACUCGGGCAACUGCAAAUUCCCGACAAGAUUAGCUCAGAGUUACUCGUGGACGGGCGACCGUUCAGAUGGGAGCUCUAUAAACCAAAUGUUUACGGUCCUGGAUCAUUCUUCAAGGCUCACAAAGACACCCCACGCAGUGAAUCAAUGCUUGGAUCACUUGUCGUUGUGCUCCCAAUUUCUCAUAAAGGAGGCCAACUGGUUCUCCGCACCAAGGACGAGAUAUGGACAUACGAUUCCGCCGCCACCUUGGCUCUUCAAAAUGAGCCAUCUAUCGGCUACAUUGCCUUCUUUGGCGACAUUGAGCAUGAGGUCUUGCCCGUUGAAUCUGGCCACCGGAUCACCCUCACGUACAACCUCUUCUUCGCUCAAGAGCCAGCCCCCGUGGUUCAGACUGCAACGUCCGUUGUGCAUCCCUUCGAGGCUACAUUGUCCAGUCUCUUGAAAGACCCUGACUUCCUGACCGACGGUGGAUUAGUCGGCUGGGGGCUCAAGUACGAGUACCCGGUGAGUACUACUGCCAAACGGGAAGCCGUACAGUCUGUCUCCGAGAACCUCAAAGGAGAAGACGCUCUGGUGGCCCGGAUCAGCACAUCCCUCGGUCUCAAGGCCGUGAUCAAAGUCUACAUCGACUUGAGGGAAAUGUGGGAGGAUGAAUAUUCAGAACAGGAAUUUGAUGAUGAAACUUGGGUCGACGGUCUAGGAUUGCUGAUGCGUUCCAUCCCGAGUUUAGAUUCCAUUGGAGACGAAAGCAUCUACUACUACCUCCGCUCAGCGUAUGGCCGCUAUGAGGUGCUGCGAGCCAAUGAACCCGCGCAGCCGCACGAAGCAAAUGCUUCGGACGACGACUCGGACGACGAAUCUGGCGAGGAGACGGCGACACUGCAAACCUGCGGACGAAAGAAGCCGGAAGUUUGGUGGCUCAGUGAGCCGACACACGCUUGCGCGGAGGUUCCAUUUGCUUCCUUUGGGAACGAAGCCCAGUUGAAUUUCAUCUACGGUAGCUUUUGUUUGAUCAUUGACAUCCCCUCCUAUGCGACUAGAAAGAGCGAGGAGGCGUAG